CACGCCGCCCGGGAAGCCACCGCAGCUGCAGAUGAAGGUGGACCAGCAGUUUCUCCGCCUGCGCAAAGAUCCCAAAGAUCCCGAUGCGCAGUUCGCGCUGCCUGACUGGGUGCUGGCCAAUCAGGACCCGAUCACCCGUGGCCCCGUGAUACCGCACCCUGAAAGCCCCGACCUCGCUACCCUUGACUUCUCUAACCGUGAACCUGCCACUCGUGACCCCGUGUCUCCCGACUCCACCACUCACGAACUCGCGACACCGCACCAUGCGACCCCUGAUCCAGCCUGCGCACUGCCUCUCCGCGCCCCCUCCUGCGCCCGAACACCGGGAGGCACGCGGAGGAUGACAAGACCUAGAGAGGUGAGUGACAGUGGGAAAGCCUGGGCCGAAGCGUGUGACGUGACAGGGGAACACCUGACGUCACGGAGAAGACCUAGCUGGUUGGUGGGGGAGGGGGCAGAACAUGGAGUGGCAAUGGGGAGGGCCCAAGGCUGUGAGAGGGAGGAAGAUACGUGGGCCCUGUCUGGGUCAACGGGCAGUGUUGUGAUAGCUGACAGAGUCGGGGUCACAAGGAAAUGCAGAUGUCAUGUUGGAGUCACAGACAUGUGCAACCCUUCCCUCUGCUGGGACCUUGAAGACCUUGCAGUGCUGCUGGCGCUGAUGGAGCUGGCCUGGGGUUGCAACUGGUUCCCAUCCUGGUUCCAAAAGUGGCUGCGGGACUUCUGGCAGGCAUGAAGGUGGGGGGCAGGGCGAGGGCACUGGUGUCAUAGUGCAGUUUCGUGAAUGCCACUUGUGGGCUCCGUUUUUCCUUAGGCACCUGAGUGACAAUGGUUAGGGGUCGUCGCCACGUCAGGCUUGUGACCUCGAGGGGUCACAGGCAGGAAGGAGGGGGAGAGAGGCAGGCAAACCCUGAUAGCUGCAACCCAACCAGCACACCUGAGAGUAACCCGGAAGAGGACUGAGGGGCUCAAGAGCCUGCUGGCUGCACUUCUGAAGGUCCUGAGUUCAAAUCACAGCAACCACAGGUUGACUCAUAACUAUCUGUAAUGAGAUCUGACGCCCCCAUCUGGUUCAUCGAAAGACAGCUACCGUGUACUUACAUAAAAUAAUAAGUAAAUCUUCAAAAAAAAAAAAAAACUGUUCUGAAGGGUCACACUCAUAGUGCCAGCCCCAGAGAAGCUGCUUGGGCCCAAGUCUAAAAAUGCACACUCUAAUUUCUUGGCUCAGGUUGGGUGCUGGGGCAGAGCCACAGCUGCUGCAGGGCAGGGUGGGGUGUUGGUGACAGUGACCAGAGGAGUCAGGAGUGGCCUGAA